AUGCAAUGGAAAGAGCUUGCCAUCGGGCUCCUCGCCCUAGGCGCGGUAGCUCAGCAGAUGAUUCGCUUUAGCUGCUCUCAGCUGACAAUAGAACGUUUGGAUCCACUCGUCAACCCGGGCGUGGUGAUGUCGCCUCACGUCCACCAAGUCGUAGGGGGCAACUCAUUCCAGGCAGCCAUGAAACCCGGGACACACGACCUUGUCUCUAAUUCGACGUGCACAUCAUGCACUUUCUCGGAGGAUUUCUCGAACUAUUGGACCGCAGUGAUGUACUUCCGGGCAAGGAACGGCACAUAUAAACGGGUGCCUCAGUUCGCCAACGUUGGGCUGCGAGCUGUGGGUGGUAUCACGGUAUACUAUAUACCGCCGUACGAUGGCAAGACCAGCGUGACAGCGUUUAAGGAAGGGUUCCGUAUGUUGGUUGGUGAUGCCACGCUCGAGACGUCUAAGGGGAUGCAACGCCAGCUUUGCCAUCGGUGUUAUACGACGCCUGAUAACGCCGGAGUGGCUGGCAUCUCCGGCGGUGCACCCUGCACGGGAGCUGACACGCAAAGCUUUCCGGCCAAGCCGUGUCCUGGAGGAAUUCGGACGACGAUUACAUUUCCGACGUGCUGGGACGGCAAGAAUGUGGACAGCCCCGACCACAAAAGUCAUGUCGCAUAUCCGAAGACAGGUACUUUUGAGUCGGUAGGCGAGUGUCCGUCAACCCACCCUGUUAAGCUCCCUCAACUGAUGUAUGAGGUAAUGUGGGAUACUAAACCCUUCAACGACCCAGAUCUCUGGCCGGAAGAUGGGUCUCAACCUUUCGUGUGGAGUACUGGCGACGGGAAGGGAUACUCGCAGCACGGAGACUAUCUGUUCGGGUGGAAGGGGGAUUCGCUUCAGCGAGCGCUAGAUGCGCGCUGUAAUAAUGGCAUCUGCAAAGAACUGAAGACUCAGACCUCUGAGGAGGCAAUGCGCUGUGUCAACUCGCAAACAGCUGUCGAGGAUGUAGAUGGGUGGUUGGACCAUAUCCCGGGUAUGCCUAACAUGCGUUUGUAA